AUGGCGCGACGAGGAAGCCGCAAGGUCAGGACCGGCUGUUUGACGUGCAAGCAAGUGAAAUGCGACGAGCGCAAACCGAUCUGCGAGCGCUGCACGUCGGGACACCGCAAAUGCGACGGCUACGCGCCGCCCACCAUCUACACCGCGCUCGCCAUCUACCGCCCGCGCCAAGCGCUCCCCGGAAUCCACGCCGCAAGCGAGCGACGGGCCCUGCAGUUCUUUCGCGAGACGGCCGGGCCGUUUCUGUCGGGCGCGACGGACCCGCAGUUCUGGACGCGGCUGGUGAUGCAGUUUAGCUGCUACGAGCCCGCCGUGAGGCAUUCCGUCGUGGCCAUCAGCGCCCUGUAUGAGCAGUUCAACGCUGAAGCCGAGGGGGAUGUUCGGCUGCGGGACAAUCCUCUGGCGCUGCGACACUAUAAUGCUGCGAUCCACGAACUGAAAACCAUGGAUAGUCCGGCCGUGGUGCUGCUCGUCUGCAUUCUGUUCACCUGUAUUGAGUGCCUCCAGUCCAACCGAGAAGCCGCCAUCACACAUUGCAAGUCCGGUAUUGCCAUUAUGGAAAAUGCCACGUCUGUCCCCUCAUGGGCGAAAGAACACCUGCGGCCCAUUUUUAGACGGUUGAGCAUGCUUCCUUUCUUCUUUGGAAAUAGUAGUGACGAUGUUCCCAAUCUCAUUGCAUGGGAUGAAUCUGUUCCGAUUGAAUUCUGCUCAUUCUCCGAUGCGCAAACUAUGAUGGACGACAUCUUUUGCCGGACGGUGCGCCUUGUGCGAUGGGGCGAUGCACAUCGGAUCGGAAAUUUGAGACACCAGCCAGUUUCGUUAGAACUGCUGGCGGAACAAGAGAAGAUAAGGACUCUCUUGGAGCAGUGGCAGCUUUUAUCCGCAGACUUUGACGUCGGCCUAACGUCACUAACCACAGCAACGAAACACUUCAAGCUUGGCGAAGACUUCAUCAAAGAGAUGCUACGAGGCUUUCUACUCAUGCGCCACGAGAUCUGCCGGAUCUGGUCGGAAAUGGCCUUUAGCGCUGACGAAACCGGCUACGAUGCGUACCUCGAUAGUUUCCGCUGGCUGAUUGCCCGGGCCCAGACUCUCAACACCACCGUCCCAGACGCGUACCGAAUGACGACCAAAUCCGCCAAGUUCAUUUUCGAGACGGGCGUCAUCCCCAUGUUAUUCUUCAUUGCGAUCAAGUGUCGCUGCUUGGACACGCGACUAGAAGCCCUGCGUCUGAUGAAGAUCCUUGGCAUUGCCCGCGAGAACCUCUGGGAGGUGAGCACCACGCACGGCGUUGGUCGGCGGGUUAUCGAGAUUGAGCACGACGUGCUCUUGGACGAGUCUGACCGGCCGUCGGCUCCGGCUUUGCGCCCUGGGCUGCCGCCUGACGAGAUGAGAGUGCGAGAUACUUCGACGGAGCCAAAGGCAUCUGUGCAUACCAGCAUGCGUGGCUUUGAGAUACGUGGCAGGAUAGUGGGAUUCUUUAUGCGCACUGCGGACGACACUAUCUAUCUCCAUACUGAGUUCCUUGCCUCCGAGGGAAGCGGCGUUUCUCCUGGGAGGACUCGUCCAAAAGUGCCAAUCAGGCGUGUAACCACAACUUAG